ACUACCCAAGUAGAACGAGAGUUAAAUCAUCACAAAAACAUCAACGCGACAUUAAAAUGACGAGUCUUACGUUAUAAAAUGAUCGACAUCAAGAUUUACCUUGCAAUGACCGAUUUACGACGUGGUUAUGAUAUUCGUGACGCGUACAAUAAUAUAUUAUUACAGAUUACACGAUGUUUAUAUUUAAUCAACUUUGCUUUGUAAAACAAGAUCAUUUUUACAACAUUGCGAUGUCCUAAUGACGUCACAAAACAUGUUCUACUUAGGUAGUGCAGCUAGUUCAGUUAAAAAGAAUAAACUUGACAUUUCUUUUCUUGAGAAUCUGAACAUUGUAUAGUUUACAAGUCACAAAGCAAUAUAAUGGCCACCACCUUGCCAGGUGAAAAUAUUAAUUGUAGUAUUGUAUAGUUUAAUUUUAAUAAUUUCCUUAAGGGAAUUUAUGAUGUAAAAUGUACAGAAAAUGGGAUUAAGCUAACGAGAGAACCUUGUCGCUUGUCUCUAGCUGACAGCGGGACACGCCAGUGAUUCUCAACGUGGAUCUCUUGGCGCGGGAUAUCCCAGCCCCACUCUAGCCCGCGGGUGAUAACGCGAACAGGAAGGAGGGGGUGGAAAUGAUUAUUGAUGUCCGAUAAAUGUGAGGGAGGCCUUUGCAGCGCGCCGAGCGAGAAAAUGGGGUUAUUCGAUCGCUUAGCGAAUCUCUUAGGUCUUAGGAAAAAGGAAGUAAACGUUUUAGUAGUGGGCCUUAACAACAGUGGUAAGUCGACGGUCAUAAAUAAUUUCAAACGCGAGGAUGACCGUUGCAUAGACAUAGUGCCCACUGUCGGGUUUAAUGUCGAGAAAUUCGCAUUUAAAAAUGUCAAUUUCACCGCGUUCGACAUGUCGGGUCACGACCGUCACAGAUCCCUGUGGGAGCAUUAUUACAAAGAUUGCCACGGGAUCAUCUUCAUAAUCGACAGCAGCGACAAGCUGCGACUGGUCGUCGUGAAGGAGGAGCUGGACAUGCUCCUGCAGCAUCCCGACGUCGCAGGCCGCAAGAUUCCCAUUCUCUUCCUGGCGAACAAGAUGGACCUGCCCGAUUCGCUGACCACUGUGAAACUGGUCGCCGGGCUGGGGCUCGAGCGGAUACAGAACAAGCCCUGGCACAUACGGGCGACGAACGCGCUGACCGGCGAGGGCCUGCAGCCGGCGAUCGAGUGGCUGACGGACCAGAUUCGCGAUAUAUUCAUCAACAGGAGAUAAAUCGCGCCGUUGCGCCGACCUCUCCGUCGAUCUCUCCAUAUAGCUUAAUUUUCACGUCAAUUACACGUCGGUAUUUCUCACGUCACGUCUCUCCUCCUCCCGAAAUUGGGCUCUCGUACCGCGAAGGCAAAACUCCGACGUAAAAUUGUUAUCGCGAGGGAAGACUCGCUCCGAAAACGGCCUACGAUAGUUUCGCGCUGUAUCCGCGUGAUUUAUAGCGUAAGGAGAAUCUCGCGACGAGGUUCAAUUGGGAAAUACCGUUGCGAGCUCGACGCAAUUCCGUCCAGAAAAUUAGAGAAGCGUGUGCGUAAAUACAACGUACCUCCUAGUGAGAAAUGAUUCGACGUCGAUCGAUGUCGAAUUAGGCUUGUUUUCUAUUGCUGCACUGGUUCACCAGUGCAGUAAGCUAGAAUGAUAAAAAAUGUCAUACUCGUCUUACUCUAAUUUAUUGCACCAGUGUAACAACAGAAAAUAAGCCUCUUGACACCGUCACAUUGACGUCGAUUCGACAUCGUUUCGACCUCGAUCGACAAAUCAAUUUUCACUGGGCUAUAUGUACGUACGUUAAAAAUGGCUGGCGCAGUGUGACUGCAGGGACGCGGCCGCGGUGAUUUACAACGCGCUUCGAAAUAUGUUAGUUUCGUAAAUAGUUUCAUAAUCUGCGAGCUUUGCGGAGAUAUUUAAUAAUGAUCUAUUCAAAAUAAAUGCCGAUCGGAGAAUCAUUACACAGUU